CAUACCGACGAUCGGCGCUAAAACCGCGUGUCUGCAAUUUGCGGUGAUUUCCAUUCGUGCUGCUAUUCGCAAUUUCUUUUUACCGGCCGGGAAAUACGUAUAAUUCGGCGCAUCGGCUGCGACUCGCCACCCGCAGCUGUCGUCACGCUAGCGAAAGAAAGUGUCUUUGCCGGUGCAUUUGCUGCCGUAAUUAGGAGUGUGUGUGUGUGCUGUGCGCGUGUGAUUUUUGCGGAAGCGGCUCUAUAGUUCAUCCGUGCUGCUGCAUCCCUCCCGUGUAAUAUCCGCCCCAAACAACAUGGAUACCGUCAAGAUAAGCGAGCUGCUUCGUGCCACCAUCGACCCAGCACAGCGAUUGCAGGCCGAGGAGCAGCUGAAUCAGGUACACAAGAUCAUCGGCUUCCUGCCCACCCUGAUGCAGGUGAUCAUGCAGAAUGAGCUGGAGAUUCCGGUCCGGCUGGCGGGUGCGAUCUACAUGAAGAACCUGAUCAACAGCAGCUGGCAGGACCGGGAGGCGGAGGGCGGCAAUCCGAUCCCGUUCGCGAUCCACGAGCAGGACCGGGCCAUGAUCCGGGACACGAUCGUGGAGGCGAUCGUGCACGUGCCGGCGGAGGUGAUCAAGGUGCAGCUGUGCUUCUGCCUGAGCCACAUCAUCAAGAACGACUUUCCGGGCCGGUGGACGCAGGUGGUGGACAAGGUGAGCCUGUGCCUGCAGAACAGCGACCCGAACGCGUGGCACGGUGCGCUGCUGUGCAUGUACCAGCUGGUGAAGCACUACGAGUACAAGAAGUCGGCCGAGCGGGGCCCGCUGACCGAGGCGAUGAAUCUGCUGCUGCCCCAGAUCUACACGAUCAUGAUGAGCGUGAUCAACGAGCCCUCCGAGCAGAGCGUGCUGCUGCAGAAGCAGAUACUGAAGAUUUUCUACGCGCUCACGCAGUACUCGCUGCCGCUGGAGGUCAUCACGAAGGAGGUGUUCGCGUGCUGGAUGGAAAUCUGCCGCCAGAUACUGGAGCGCCCCGCGCCCGACUCGGCCCACAUGGAGGAGGAGGAGCGGCCGCAGCUGCCCGCGUGGAAGACGAAGAAGUGGGCCUCGCACAUCAUACUGCGCAUGUUCGAGCGGUACGGCAGCCCGGGCAACGUCAUCUCGAAGGAGUACAAAGAGUUCUCCACCUGGUUCCUGCAGACGUUCACCAGCGGGCUGCUGAUGGUGCUGCUGAAGAUACUGGACCAGUACCGGAACAAGAUCUACGUGUCGCCGCGCGUCAUGACCAACACGCUCGACUACAUCAAGACGGCGGUGUCGCACGCGUUCUCGUGGAAGAUGCUGAAGCCGCACAUCAUGGAAAUCAUACGGGACGUCAUCUUCCCGCUGAUGUCGUACACGGACGCGGACGAGGAGCUGUGGGAGAGCGACCCGAUCGAGUACAUUCGCAAGAAGUUCGACGUGUUCGAUGACUUCGUGUCGCCGGUACAGUCGGCGGAAACGCUGCUGCACAACUGCUGCAAGACGCGCAAGGGCAUCCUCACGCAGGUGAUGCAGAUCAUCAUGCAAAUCAUCAACACGCCCGGGCUGGACCACAAGGAGAAGGACGGUGCGCUGCAUAUGGUCGGCUCGCUGGCGGAGGUGCUGCUGCGGAAGAAGAUUUUCAAGGAGCAGGUCGAGCAGCUGCUGAUGCAGUACGUCUUUCCGGAGUUUGCCAGCCCGCACGGGCAUCUGCGGGCGCGGGCCUGCUGGGUGAUGCACUACUUUAGCGACAUCAAGCUGAAGAACCCGCAGGUGCUGGAGCAGAUCAUGCGCUACCUGAGCAACGCGCUGCUCACGGACAAGGAUCUGCCGGUGAAGGUGGAGGCGGCCAUGUCGAUGCAGAUGUUCCUGAUCUCGCAGGAGGAAGCGGCCCCGUUCCUGGAGAGCCAGAUCAAGGACAUUACGAUGGAGCUGCUGCGCAUCAUCCGCGAGACGGAGAACGAGGAGCUGACCUCGGUGCUGCAGAAGAUCGUCUGCACCUACUCGGACCAGCUGCCGCCGAUAGCGCUCGACAUCUGUCAGCAUCUGGCCACCACGUUCAGCCAGGUGCUCGAGUCGGACGAUACCGGGGACGAGAAGGCAAUUACGGCGAUGGGACUGCUGAGCACGAUGGAGACGCUGCUGGCGGUGAUGGAGGAGCAUCCGCAGGUGCUGGCCGCCCUCCACCCGAUCGUGCUGCAGGUGAUCGGGCACGUGCUGCAGCAGAACGUGUUCGAGUUUUACGAGGAAGCGUUCGGGCUGGUGUGCGAUCUGACGUCCAAGAGCAUCUCGCCGGACAUGUGGAAGCUGUUGGAAAUCAUUUAUGAGCUUUUCCAGAAGAAUGGAGCGGAAUACUUUGUCGACAUGAUGCCAGCACUGCACAACUACAUUACCGUCGAUACGCCCGCUUUCCUGUCGAACCAGAACCACGUGAUCGCGAUGUACAACAUGUGCAAGUCGGUCCUCACCAGCAACGCCACGGAGGAGUCGGAGUGUAGUGCAGCCAAAUUGCUAGAAGUCAUCAUCCUACAGUGCAAGGGACACAUUGACGAUUUCAUACCGAGCUUCGUGGAGCUGGCACUGAUGCGACUGACGAGGGAGGUGAAAACAUCCGAGCUGCGAACGAUGUGCUUACAGGUGGUUAUUGCAGCGAUCUACUACAAUCCUUCCCUGUUGUUAGACAUUUUGGAAAAGAUCCCAAUUCCGGUGCCCGAUUCUUCGAUUACGGCUCACUUCAUCCGACAGUGGCUGCACGAUUACGAUUGUUUCCUUGGCAUUCACGAUCGUAAGCUGUGCAUUAUCGGGCUGUGCACGUUGCUGUCGCUGGGCGAACGCAAACCGACCGUGCUGAGCGAGCUGCCGGACAAAAUCAUUCCCACGAUGCUGAUGAUUUUCGACGGCCUGAAGCGUGCCUAUGCUGCCCGCGCCUCCGAGGGCGAGGAGGAGGAGAGCGAGGACGAAAGCGAAGACCUCGAGGAUGGGCUGUCGAGCGACGAGGACGAUGUGGAUGAGAUGAGCCCGUACUUGAAGAACAUGCAGAAGAUGGUGCAGGAACGGGGGGCCGAGGCCGGGUUUGAAAUUUCUGCCUCGAUUCAGGAUGCCGAUUCGGACGAAGACGAGGACGACGAUGACGAUGAUGAUGACGAUGCGGAUGAAAUCGAUGAAACAGCGCUGGAAAGCUACACAACGCCGCUGGACGAUGAGGAAAACCCGAACGCGGUCGAUGAGUACAUUCUUUUCCAGGACGUCAUGAACAAUCUCCCCAACACGGAUCCGACCUGGUAUACGAUGCUUACCAGAAAUUUGAACGCAUCCGAGCGAAAGAACCUGCAAGAGGUGCUCGUGCUGGCAAACCAGAAGAAGGAAACGAAGCGUUCGAAAGAGAUUGAAAAGAGCGGUGGAUAUCAGUUCACGCAGCAUCAGAUACCGACCACCUUCAGCUUUACGGGGCAGAAGCAACAGUAAUUGCCACUUCCCGCCGUUAUACAGCAGAGCGACGACAUGCAAAAUAGCCAAAUCGCCCCCGCGCCCCUCCGUGCAGUGUGUAGCGGUGCGAUGGCUCCAUGGGACACCCUUUGGUCUCUCGGUUGCUACACAACACGGACAUCCUUAACACACAGUGCGCUUACACGCUGAACGCUAAUUUACAAAAAAAGCUCGCCUAACUACUACACACGUCCCACUUUCGCUAGAGGCAAAAGUGGCAACAAAAUAAAACCCAACCACUUCUCUCCCAAUACACGAACACCAACACCACUCUCUGGUUCAGAAGACGGAAGAACGACGGUUUCGGUUCUUAGUUCGGUUCCGGUUUGUUCUCCUCCCGCCACCGAACACGCUUUUUGGUAUGUAAACAACAUUCUUUCGAUAAAACGUUCACGUCCUUUACACGAUCGGCGUUGAUCGGUGGUGGUGAUCGCGUAUCAUGGACCCCAAAGGCACUCGGGAUCGAUUCUGCAGGAGUUUCGUGUGUGUGUGUGUGUGCAUGCAUAUUUUUACGCUUAUUUCUUCAUAAUCAAUCAUCAUAGUGGUUUUUUGUUUGUUUGUUUCUUCUAUUACUAUUACUGUUCGCCCAGUGUUCGAUUGCUUUAAUAUCUCCUUAACACCGAAUAAGUGUGCGUGUGUGUUUGUGUGUGUGCGCGUAAAGAGUAAAAGGAUAGAAAGAGAUUAGAAGGAGAAAGAGAGUUUACAGAAGAAAAGCGAAUAAAAGAGUUAGUGAAGGACUAGUUAGGUACGUUUGCCUUAGCGGCAAAAGCGCAUUUAAAGGCGAGUGCACUGGAACUCAUCAACAAUUAAAAACGAAACAAACGACUUUAGCGCGACAUGUCGCCUAAAACUACAUACAAAAAAGCUCUAUUAUUAUAACACAGCAGCAGCAGCUAGCUCCCCGUAGCAUAUACGAUGAUGUACUAAAAAGCGUAACUGUUAUUUAAAUACUUGUUGAAAAAAAAUCGCAAAGCGUAUAUUGUCCUCCCUCCCCCUGAGACGGGGUUGAUGAUGGUGGUUCGUGCUUUUCUUCAGCACGCAAAAUCCAACCCCGAGAUCGUUUGCCCCCUCGUUUAAGGAAGGAGGCGGAGAGAGAGAGAGAGUAACGGGGGGCCAAGAAACGACAAUGUGUUAGUGAAAAUCGAAACAGUGCGGAACAGAGACUCUCCUGGCUGGCGGGUGGUGGUCGUGGUGGUGAUGCUGGGGAUGACUUAGUUGUCCAUCAACAACACCCCACACGCACCCCGCUCCCCUUGGACGAGCAGCAGCUAUUCCGACACAACACCCAUUUUGAACAGAAGCAGUGAGGAGACGUACGCGCGGUGUCCUCGCUGCCUAGUUCUGGAUCCAACUGUGAUAUAUUUGAUCCCAACUUUAACCCCCCUCCACGGUGCGUUGCGGGACAGGUCCUGUAGAUAGUCCUCCAUCGUGGGCCCGGGUGAGUUGUUUGGCGAGAAAAAAGGUAAAAGCAAGAGCUCCAUCCUACUACGCAGCGGCGCUUUAUUUUGAGCUCGAGCUUGUUUAAUUUUUCUCUAAUUGUGUUUUGGGUGAGAGAGUGGGCGAUGUUUUUUGUUUGAUUUAUUUGAGUGGGUGGGGGAAAACCGGGACACGCGAUACGCGCGAUUGUACAUUGGGAGAGUAGGAGAGGGGAUAAUGUGUUUGAAGAGCAGCGUUGGGAGAAGUAAAAGCAGCAAAGCUCAGCGCAAAUGCAACUGUUAAGAGUUGUGGCACUUGCAACAAGAGAUUAGAAUGCAUCUUUUCAAAGUUAAAACAAACUGGCUUCAAAUUAAACGGAGGAAAAAGCCAGCAAAAAAAGAACACAUUCACACACGCGCGCGCACAUAAAACGAUUAAUCAAUUGGAGUAAAGCAAAGCUAGCACACACCCACACCCUUUGUAUAUCACAGUGUGGGCAGAUGCGUUCAUUUAAAGGAAACAAAAAAGCAUGUUAGUUGCAUGAAUACGCGAUUGAAGUUAUCUAUUAUAUGAAAAUUAUUUCAAUGCUUAAGGAAAACGGGCAAAAGUCUUAGUCGAUCGGAACACACCUCAGCAGCAGCAAACACGCGCGCCACAAACCAGACAGACUACUCAACAACAAGCACACCCAGCUCUUACAGUGAAACCGCGCUCUUCUUUGUGUACAAAAUGCCACUCCGAUUUCCUUUACUGAACAAGAAGAAGGAGGAAAACAAAACAAUAGAUAAGUACACUUUAUUUGUAGGCCCCCAUUUUAAAGAGCACACUGCGCCAUUACUGUAUGCAUGCUAAGCAACUAGCAACUAACCAUUACCAAACAAUAGCGACAGCAAACAAAACGGCAGGAAUUAACUGAAGAAAUAGGAAGGAGACAAAGAGUAACCUAUAAACUCUGUUGCACGAAUUGACCGAAUCAUUCACACAAGGAGACACAAAAACACAAAAGUGAGAAAAAGAAAAAGUGUGAAAUGGGGUAACAGGCGUCAACGUGUUAUGAAAACAAUUGUAAAACGAAGGCAAAAUCGAACCGAAAAUAUGCUACAAAUAAACGAAAACAAAAGGAAA